AUGGCUCCGAGCCUGCACCGUACUGAACCACCGGGGACCCCGCCAAGAACGGCCAUUGGAGAACCCGCGUUCCGGUUCAGCGUUAUUUGCGACGACGACGACGACGACCAAGACCAGGCCGGCGGCGGUCAAGACGGGCGCGACAACCACGGCGACGACACGGAGCCCUUGCUCAGCACCGCCGCCUUCCUUCAUCCUCACCACGCAACGCCGCUGCGCCCGCUGACUCCCGAACAUACGCCCGCCAUGGCGACCGAAGACAGGCUCGCCAGUGGCGGCAUCAGCGCAUCCCCGCCCAAAAAUCCCUUCAAUUUUCAGACGCAGUUCAUCUCUACCGCCCCGGUCAAAUCUAGCAUCGGCCAGCGCCGUGGCCACCGCUACAAGCACAGCUCCAUAAGCGCACAACACCAGAUCUUUCAGGAGCCGCCGCCGCGACCGCCCCCCGUCCUCCCCGCCUCCCUCCCGAUACCAACCCUCAAAGAAGCCUGGGCCAGCAUGCAGCGCGAGCAGCGCGCCCGCCUCUGGUGGUGCUGCUGCCACGCCGCCGUCGCCAUGUACGUCUUCUUCGCCGCCGAGGGCUCGCUCGCCAUGACCGCCCUCUCCCACCUCGUCUUCUUCGACGUCGGCUCCGCCGCCGUGUGCGUCGCCGUCGACGUGCUGGGCAAUUUCGAGGUCUGGCGGCGCUCCAGCAUCCGCCACCCCUUCGGCCUGCAGCGCGCCGAGGUCCUCGCCGGCUUCGCCAUGUCCGUCUUCCUCGUCUUCGGCGGCUUCGACCUCAUCUCCCACAACCUCAAGCACUUCCUCGAAACGGUCGGCGAGCACGUGCCGCACCACCCGACCGCCGGCAGCGACCAGGCGGCGCACGCCGGCCACGCCCACCACGCGCGCUACGUCUCCCCCGGGACCGUCGACUUCGCCAGCCUCGCGGCCGUGGUCAGCACGCUGGUGAGCGCGUACGGGCUGCGCAACCACGGGCGGAUCCGGCGCGUGAUGCGGGUGCCGUUCCCCUACCUGGCGAGCCUGCUGCCCGGCGCCGGCCUGCUCGCGAACCCGUUCCACUUCCUGACGCUCUGCUUCUCCUUCCUGCUGCUGCUGCUCCCGCUCGUCAGCGUGCCGCUCUUCCUCUGGCUCGACCGCCUCAUCUGCGCCGCCAUCGCCGCCAGCAUGUUCGUGCUCGGCACCCGCCUGGCCGUCGCCCAGGGCCUGAUGCUGCUAAUGAGCUACAGCGGCGGCGGGCUGCCCUCCUCCUCCUCCUCCGCCACCGCUGCCAGUCAGGACCCGAGGAUAUCCCACUCCGAAAAGAAGAAGCUCCUCACCACGACCACCACCACCAACACCAACAACACCAACCACACGAUAUCCUCCGUCCUCCGCGAGAUCGAGUCCGACCCGCAGGUCGCCCGCGUCGAGGAGGCCCAGUUCUGGCAGGUGCACUACGGUCUGGCCAUGGCCAACCUGAAGGUCGUGCUGAGCCAGCUGCGCGGGCGGCUGGCGCGGGUGGUGCAGAAUCGGCUGGGCGAGGGCGGGUAUGGGAGGGGCGGGAGUCUGCGGUGGGAGGUGACGGUGCAGUUUUGUUCGGAUGGGUGA